CCUCUUGAUAAGGAAGGAACUUACAUACAAGCGGACCUGCAAACCAUAGUCAUAGUCAUAAAAACGCUAAUAAUUCAAUGUCUGAUUCACCUCCAUCUCUAGUGUCUGAUUCACCUCCAUCUCCAGCUCCAACUCCAGUUUCUAGCUCACCAAAACCCGGAGUUGCAGAAAGAAGUAUCAGUAAUUCAUCAUGGGAAGACAUAUUAUUAUGGAAGAAGAAGAAACAAAGUCUAUCAAUAUUAACAGCUUCGACAUUAACAUGGGUUGUACUACAAGUUUAUCAAUACAACUUCAUCACUAUCGCUUCUUGGGUAGCCAUGGCUAUUCUAGCCAUGAUGUUUCUUUUUGGGAACCUCCUUAGGCUUCUGGGGAAGGAUCCACCGAAGAUAGAUGAUUUUGCGAUUUCAGAGGAAUUAGUAAUGGGUUCAGCAAAGAGAUUGAAAGGAAAUGUUGAACAAGGAAUACGAUGGAUGUUUAGUGUUAGUUCAGAGAAAGAAUGGUUUGUGUUUGCUCAAGCUAUUGGCGCUUUAUUGGUUCUUUCUCAAGUGGGCAGAUACUUCGAUUUUGUUACUCUUCUGUAUAUGGGUGUGGUGACUGCGAUGACAGUACCAUUGAUGUACGUGAAAUAUGAAGAUCAGCUAAAGAAGUUUGUGGGGAAGAUUAGAGCACAAGGGAGAGCAUACUAUGAGAAAGUUGAUGAAAAGGUAUUGAGAAAACUAAAGCACAAGGCUGGAUUUGCUGAGAAGAAAAAGGAGAAAAAGGUAGAAUGAUAAGUUCAUAUGUACUUGUGCGUAAAGAUUUGAGUAUGUAUGGAUGUUAAUUAUAUGCUGUUUGUGUGCUCAAUUAGUUGUAAUCAAGGAUUUUGGUGUUUCAUAAAGGGAUUGUUAUGUA